AUGGGACGUCUAAGUAACAUAGAACAUGAUAAAUGCCUCUUUACCAUCGUUCAGAAUUCAUUAAAUCAGCUGCCUGCCCUCUCUCUAGACCCCUGUUCAUCUGUUUAUACGUGCUGCUGUCUCUCUCUCUCUCACUAG